GUUUCAUCUUCAACCAAACACGGCUGUUUUAGUGGAUCAAGAACUUCUUACGGCAAUGAUUAGAUGGUCAUGUGGACACAAUUACGGUUGGUGCUGAAAUCUUCAGGAAGGGAGAUCUCCAGGAACCACUCCAGGUUGGUGACCACUGACCUAAUGCAACAUGAAAUGUAUGGAGGUCAGAGGGAGCGCCCUGUCAGACACUCCCUCCACGCGCGUUUGGAGAAAUCCUGGCCCCUUUGGUUGCGCUCGGGAGAUAACAGCGGGGAAACUCCAUCUCCCAUGAAGCUUUGCGGUUCAUCGCUUCAUUACUUUCGUACUCGAGUUGACUCUUCUUUAAAAGCCCGUCUCCGGAGCCUUGCUGUUACUUACCGCUUGCUCUCGGCUGCAGGAAUGACCGAGGCUGCAGUUUAUCCCGCGUUUCAGCUCGGACAGCCGCGGUAUGAUCAGAGCUCCUUCCUCGGCAGGUUCAGACACUUUGUAGACAUCAUUGACCCCAGAACUCUGUUUGUAUCAGAGGCUCGCUUAAAGCAAUGUGUUGCUCUACUGGAUGAUUUUAAACAUGGGACUCUUCCUCCUGGAACAACAGAUCAACAGCUCUGGGAGGCUCAGAAGGUGAGACAGGCUGUUAUCCACCCUGACACUGGACAGAAGAUCUUUAUGCCUUUUCGCAUGUCAGGUUAUGUUCCAUUUGGAACACCCAUAGUGGUUGGUCUUCUCCUUCCAAACCAGACUCUAGCAUCCACUGUGUUCUGGCAGUGGUUAAACCAGAGCCAUAACGCUUGUGUAAACUACGCCAACCGCAAUGCCACAAAGCCCACGCCAACAUCGAGAUUUAUUCAGGGCUAUCUGGGAGCUGUGACGAGUGCUGUCUCAAUUGCGGUCGGUUUGAAUGUGCUGAUCGAGAAAUCCAGGAAAUUUAACCCAGCCACCAGACUCAUCAUACAGAGAUUCAUUCCUUUCCCUGCUGUAGCUAGUGCAAAUGUGUGCAACGUGGCUCUGAUGAGACACAACGAACUCUCAGAGGGAAUUGAUGUGCUAGACUCCAAUGGGAAUGUGGUGGGCUCUUCGCGGAUAGCAGCCAAACAUGCACUGAUGGAGACAGCGUUUACACGAGUGGUCCUUCCACUGCCUAUAUUUGUUCUCCCACCUAUCAUCAUGGCUUUUCUGGAGAAGCUGCCGCUGAUGCAGGCCCAUCGCCGGCUCAUGCUGCCUGUCCACAGCUUAGUGUGCCUGGCCGUGUUUGGUCUCUCGCUGCCUCUCGCCAUCAGCCUCUUCCCACAGAUGUCUCAAAUCAAGGCUGCUCACCUUGAGCCGGAAAUUGCCAUGGCAACCGAUUGUAAGGUGCUGACCUAUAACAAGGGACUGUGAAGAAAGCAAACAGAGAGAGCACAAGAGAGAGAUGCCAAAAGAGAGAUAGCAGAGGAAAGAGAAGACAUUAUUCUGUUUAAGCAGCUGUCCAUGGUCGUGUAACAAAGCGGGUGCAGUGGAGUUUGGAAAGGAUUAUAUUGUAGCAUAAGAGCAAUAAUUACAUAAUUUUAACUACAUUACCUUAACCUUCAAGCCAAUAACCUGUAUUAAUUAAUCAUGUAUAACAGUAUGUAGUUUGCAGUAUGCAAGUUUUAGUGUGAUAAAGUGUUGCACAGUCUGUAAUGCAUUUUUGCAGGGUCAAUUCACAUUCUACACAAUAUUCUGUUGUAAUUUUUAGCUAGUAAGCAUUUUUAUUACUUUAAGAUUAAUGGAAGAUUAAUUAUGCAAGAUUAAUGGAAGCAGUGGUGCACUGGUGUUUUCUGAAAGUAUGGAUACACCAAGAAUAAAUAAAUA